AUGGAAGACAAGGCGAGCAUGGAAGUCCCCCCGUCCGAGCAUCUGUGCUAUGUCCGGUGCAACUUCUGCAACACCGUUCUUGCUGUGGGGAUUCCAUGCAAGAGGAUGCUGGACACAGUGACGGUGAAAUGUGGGCAUUGCAGCAAUCUCUCGUUCCUGAGCACCAGGACUCCCCUUCAAGGCCAGUGUCUUGAUCAUCCCUUGAGCCUUCAGGGGUUUUCCAGUGAUUUUAGGAGAGGCCAGUCAUCAUCCUCCUCGUCCUCAACUUCGGGCGAUCAGCCAUUAUCACCCAAAGCUGCCCCCUUUGUUGUGAAACCUCCGGAGAAGAAGCACAGGCUUCCAUCUGCUUACAACCGGUUCAUGAAAGAGGAGAUACAGCGCAUCAAAGCGGCGAAUCCUGAGAUACCACACAGAGAAGCAUUCAGUGCAGCAGCCAAAAACUGGGCGAGGUACAUUCCACAUUCGCCUUCGGGAUCGGCUCCUGGCAGCAGUAGCCAUUCCUCCAAUGACUGUGGAAUGACCCCAAUAAGUCUAGAGAAGUAA